GCAGUUCUGUGCGACUUGACACUGACAUUUUGAAUAGCAAGCAUGCUGUACAUUUUAAAGCUUUGGAUAUUUUUUGGUGCUCUGGUUGCUUCAAAAGCGUUGGACCACUGCAAAGGAAUAUGUGAAGAUGUCACACUGAUCACAAUCAGCGCCUCUCUGAAAUCUCAAGUCUUUCUGCCUUGUCACUUUGGUACAAGCCUUCAAACAAGCACUACAACUGAAAGAGUGGAAUGGAGCCACUUUUCUAGUCUCCUGAAGAUCGCACAGAAUGGGAUCGUCUUCUUUAAUAAUCCUAGAGAAGGACGAGUCAAUGUUUUUCCAAAUCUAGCAUACGGAGGAAACUUUUCCAUCGUCAUUCAAGAUCUGCAGCUUUCAGAUCUCGGCACAUACUGUUGUGAGCUGAGCAGGAAAUGCUGGAAAGUGGAGAUCACAGAAUCACCUCAUCCAGCUAAGAAAAAUGAGGAGUACCAAAACGCCUGGUUAUUCUUUUUUGCUGGAGCUGGAAUUUUUACUCUUCUUUUUAUUGCAUUCAUUUGUAUUUCAAAAUUCAGUGCCAUACAUAACUUUUUGCUUAACUGGACAAGAAAAAUUGCGAGAUCAUCUAAAUGUAACUCUUCCAAUGAAGAACACAAAGAAGCAUUCAGAAAAGUCCCAGAGUCAACUCUAGAUCUUGAUGACUGUACCACUUCUAUAGUGUACUAUGUCAACCAGGAAGAACUUCACAAUCCAGGCGAUAAUGACAAGAGUGGAAAAUAAAAAUGCAGUUAUUUCCUAAUUAUGGAUUACAAAUCUGUUGUUUAUUUUGUAACUCAGCAAAGGUGUGUCUAAUUGUUUAUUCUUUUUUCAAAUGUCUGUUUAGAAACAUGUGUUUAUAUUACCAUUAAUUAAUUUAUACUGAUGAGAGAGAGAGAGCUGAUAAUAUCCUAGACUUUUGAAUACAUUUGUAAACCUCUGUUGGAGAAUACAGCUUA